AUGUCCGCCAACGCUCGCAAAGACAUCCUGACCGCCAACGAUGCCGAUCACAAGCGGUUCCGCAAAGCUCUUUCGCACGCCUUUUCCGCAAAAGGACUGCAGGCGCAGGAGCCGAUCGUCACUGGGUACGUUGACAAAUUGAUCGGUCGGCUCCGGGAGUUUGCAGAAGCAGGUGUGCCAGCAGAUAUGGUUAAAUGGUAUAGCUUGACGACAUUCGACUUAAUCGGCGACCUUGCAUUUGGCGAACCGUUCGGGGGACUAGAUAGCUCCCAGUGUCAUCACUUGGUUGCAACCGUGUUUGAUUUCCUCAAGGUGGGUCCCUUUCUGAGGGGGAUGGAACACUACCCAUUGUUGUUCAAGGCGAUCCUCGCCUUUCUACCUACGUCGUUCAUGGGAGCUCGGAAGAAGCAGGUUGAGCAUGUCAAGAUGAUCGUGCAAAAAAGGUUGGACUCUACGGCGGCGCACCGCCGUGGGGACUUCAUGGACUCAAUGAUAAGACAUCACGGUGAUAAAGGCGAACUCAGCAAGGAGGAGCUUGAGGCAAAUGCCAAUGUCCUCUUCAUUGCUGGCAGUGAGACCACGGCAACCCUGUUAUCUGGUGUGACCUACUGGUUGCUGCGGACCCCGGAAGCACUAGACAAGGCGACACAAGAAGUUCGAUCCGUCUUUGCAUCAGAAGCAGAUAUGACAUUUAGCGAAAUCACAUUGCAGCUACCGUACAUGCUGGCGUGCCUCAACGAAGCCUUCCGACUUUAUCCUCCCGUGCCGGGUGGACUCCAACGUCAGAUGGAAACACUAAGGCAGAUCUCAGGUUAUAAUAUCCCCGGACUGACCAAGGUCUCUGUCCACCAAUCUGCGGCAUACUUGUCCCCGCUGAAUUUCCACCAGCCAGGCCAAUUCAUCCCUGAGCGCUGGCUCCCAGAAGCCAAGGAUGAGCCCGCCUCACCGUUCUUCUCGGACAAGCGUGACGUUGUUCAACCGUUCUCCGUGGGACCACGGGACUGCAUUGGCAGAAACUUAGCAUAUGCUGAGAUGCGGAUGGUACUUGCUAGAGUGCUUUGGAAUUUUGAUCUGGAGUUGUGUGAAGAGAGUCGCGAUUGGAAGAAUCAGAAGAUAUUCUCUUUUUGGGAGAAGCAUCCGUUGAUGUGCAAGCUUGCCCUGCGAAGAGAUAUAUAA